UGGUUGUGUACGAUAACCCUGUCCCCAGAUGAUGAGCCGUGGCAGAGGGUCAAUGCCUACCUCAUCCAUGACACUGCAGACUGGAAGGACCUGAACCUCAAGUUUGUCCUGCAGGUUUACAGAGACUUCCAUCUCACACAGGACAGGCAGUAUUUACAGGACAUGUGGCCAAUCUGCCAGGCGGUGAUGGAGUCGGAGAUGAAGUUCGACCUGGAUGGAGACGGACUCAUUGAGAACUCUGGAUAUGCAGACCAGACUUAUGAUGGAUGGACAGUGACUGGACCAAGGGUAUGUUGACCGAAGGCCUGCGUACGGCUGAAGGCUGUUACCGGACUGUGUGGGAACAGCUGGGCAUGGCCUUCCAGACUCCUGAGGCCUACUGUGAGAAGAGCAUCUACCGCUCUCUGGCCUACAUGAGGCCGCUGAGCAUCUGGGCCAUGCAGCUGGCCCUGAACGCCUCACAGAGGGACCAGACCACUUUGGCUUCAACUGGAACCACAGACCAGGACCAGGCAGUACAAGCUCAGAAAGAAGACCAGAGCUAGGACCGGAGCCACCUGACAGACUGUCUAUCCUGUGCUGCUUUAUCUGAUCGACUGAAGACUUUUCCACAUUUUCUGUUGUUUGACAGAGUUGUGGUGGUUGGAGAAGAACUCCUGUAGAUCAUAAUGUUGUCAGAUGAUGGGUCUGAAGAGCAAACGCUCCUGAUUUACAACAUUAGUCGCUUUUCCAUUGGACGUCUGCACGAAACUUUACCGAUAUUUAUUAAGUGUGGAAAAACAAAAGUGUGU